AUGAUAGGAUUGGGGUCGCGUAAGAGUGACGUACGAAGGUAAGCAGCAUGGCAGCCUGCGGAAAGAGGCCUGAGCAUCGCGGACCCCCUGAGCUGUUCUAUGAUGAAUCUGAAGCUCGGAAAUACACACAUAACUCUCGAAUGAUUGAGAUUCAGUCUCAGAUGUCUGAACGGGCUGUGGAAUUGCUGGGUCUCCCAGAUGAUCGUCCAUGUUUUUUGCUGGAUGUUGGCUGUGGCUCUGGUUUAAGUGGUGAUUAUAUCUCUGAGGAAGGGCACUGUUGGGUUGGCAUGGACAUCAGUCCUGCAAUGCUUGAUGUAGCCGUGGAGAGAGAAGUGGAGGGAGACCUGAUGCUAGCAGAUAUGGGCCAGGGAAUUCCCUUCCGACCUGGAACAUUUGAUGGCUGUAUCAGUAUUUCUGCAGUUCAGUGGCUCUGUAAUGCUGAUAAGAAGACUCACAGCCCUCCAAAGCGACUAUAUCGGUUCUUCUCAACUCUCUAUACUGCUCUGGCCCGAGGAGCCCGUGCUGUUCUACAGUUAUACCCAGAAAACUCUCAGCAGCUGGAGCUCAUCACCACCCAAGCCAUGAAGGCGGGUUUCACUGGUGGCAUGGUGGUAGACUACCCCAAUAGUGCCAAAGCCAAAAAGUUCUUUCUCUGUCUCUUUGCUGGCAUAACUGAUGUAUUACCAAAGGGUCUCGGCACAGAGUGCAAUGAAGAAGAGACAACACAGGCCACAUUCACCAAUGAAAGAAUCCGGUUUAGAAACGCCAAAGGGAAGUCAGUGAAGAAGAGUAGGGACUGGGUAUUGGAGAAGAAAGAACGGAGGCGGCGGCAGGGCAAGAAUGUGCGAAUGGACACAAAAUACACAGGUCGCAAGCGGAGACCUCACUUCUGACUUCCUGCUAAUUGGACUACAGUAGUUCUUUGGAGUUUUUUGCACUGGGCUUUUUUGAACAGGAGGAUGCAGAUUCAUAGUCUGAACAGAACCUGCUGAAGACCCCCAGGCUGGUCACAGUCCCUUCUUUGUUCUAACCCCUUUGAAAAUGACUUCUCACUGAGAAUAUGGGAUCCAGUCGAUUCACUAUGUUUCUCUGCUGCCAGACUGCCAGAACCACCUUCUAUUCCUGAUGGCUUCAGAUUUGGUUGUGUCAAUUUUACUUCCCCAGCUCUCAAUUAAAUGAGGUCUUGGAAAUGG